AUGACACGACCAUCGAUCGUCAGAGCCGAUACCAUCGAUCUUCAAGAUCAUCACUCUCCAUCCGCUCAGGACCACUCGAAAAGCCCACGCCUGGGCGGCAACGCCAACUCCCUAGGUCCCCACCAAGCUGAGACUAUUCGUGAGGUCACCCACGACAUUGCAGACGAACAGCGACGCUCUCCAAGAGUCUCUCUCGAUAACCGCAAUAGCCUCGACGAAAUUGAUUCCUUUGCAGACGAACUUGUCGCAAACUCUACAAGUGGGAAUACUCGCGCACAGGGCGCACGCGACAACAAUAGCAAUAUGAACCAAGAAGAUGCACUGGCAAUUGCGCAGAAUGGAGGCGUCUCAUCUUCGGAUGAGGGCGAGCUCGACGGCGACGAUGACCUCGAUGACGACAUGAUGGAUAAGAUCUCAAGUUCGCCUUCGAUUGAAGAUGGUGGGUGCUACCCCGUCGCUGCCCCUGCGGCAUGGCCACGACGUGUCUCUUCCCUACCUCCGCCGAGGAGUAGUACUCCGAGUAUCCCUGGUUCAAGCGGCACCAGAGUUUGUUCGCCAUAUCCCGAACCCCCCAACUGUGUACCCAGCCCAUGCGCAAUUGCGCAGCUUUCACGAGCAUUGCUCACAAAAGUCCGGAAUCAUCGUCUUCAUGGUGAGUAUAACGGUCGCGACGAGCACAGUAACGACGCCGAACCCGAAACCGACGAUAGCUGGACAACGUCCAAUUCGACGGCCGAAUUUCACGAAACGUUUGAGCAAGUGGAACCACAGCCUAGGUCCAACAGUAAUGAAGGCUAG